CAGGAGGCCAGAAAUAUGGCGGAUUCGAAGAAGAUGAAGGCGGCGGUAAAGGAGGGUGGCAAGAAGGGUGUUGAAUUGGCUGGAUGCGCCGACAUGGGUGGAUUGGAGUUCUUCACCACCCAGAUCGAGUCUGCUGAGGGAGACUUGGAAUUGCUCGUUGCUGCUAUGGAUGGAGCCAACAAGGAGCCCGAUCCCAAUGAGGAGGAGGCCAAGGGAGGUUCCGGAAUGGUCGGCAAGAUGUUCCUUUCCUCUGGCGACAAGCAGCUUGCCCUGCUUGCCUACGUCCCUGAGAGCAAGACCGACAAGUGCAACGCAUCAGAGUGGAUGAAGGCUGUGCUUGCCUCCUGUAACGGAGAGUUUGUGGAGGGAGAUGCCAAGCUUGCCAAGGGCAAGAUCGCUGGUGAUGGCGAGACGCGCUUCCCCCUCAAGGACAAGGACACCUGCCAGGCGGCGUCCGUGAGCUGGCUCAAGGAGAAGGGUCUCUUCCCCCAGGCUGACGGUGAUGACGAUGACUGGGUUCCUGAUGAUGAUGCUGGCAUCGAGUGGUAAGCCACUGAAGAAAGCUCCCUGUAUGACGAGAAUGCCACUCGUCUGGUUAUGUGAAGAGACUUUCUACGAAAGAUAUCUUUCUCUGUCCAAACAUAAGAAGAGAUAUUUGCCAUAAACACAUCUAUAUUUUCCUA